UUGAGAAACGGCAGAGUAAGAGGAAAAUAGAAAAACAGUAAUAAUGGGUUACGACGACGUUAUAUCACACUUAGGGGAGUUUGGCCCAUACCAGCGAAAAAUAUUCCUCGUCAUCUACUUGCCCAUGGUGUCCUGUGCCUUUCAUUUAAUGGGAGGGACAUAUCUAGCGGGUAGGCCAGAAUUCAGAUGCUUAAUGCCUGAGGAAAAUCCGGACAAUGUAACGUACGAGGAAAACACCACCCAUCCGAUAUGGGAUAACGAUACGGGAACCUGGACACGGUGUAAAAGAUAUGACCUAAACUACCAAAUUCUAAACGACAAGGGUUCGAGUGAGAACCUUUCACUCACGCCACCCUUAGUAGAAUGUGAUUCUUUCGUUUACGAUGAAAGCCAGUAUGGGUUUACAGUGUCAACCAAGUGGAACCUAGUAUGCAAUGACGCAUGGUUGAAACCAACGAGCGAAUCACUGUUCAUGGUAGGAGUGUUUUUUGGCGUACUGGUUCUGGGUGGAUUGUCUGAUGAAUACGGACGCAAAACGAUUUUGAUAUGGGGCUCAGUUUUGCAACUAGUUUCCAGCCUACUAGUAGCUGCUGCUUAUAAUAUGCCGAUGUACAUCGUUUGUAGAAUGAUUCUAGCAACGACGACCAAUGGACUGUUUGUAGUGUCGUAUGUCACUGCAAUCGAGACUAUUGGUCAAAGAACAAGAAAACCGGCUGCGCUUGGAAAUCUGUUUUUCAUAAUAGGUUCUAUCCUGACUGUUUGCUUUGCAUACUUCAUUCGAAACUGGAGAAUUCUACAAAUAGCUUUUACCAUUCCUACCCUUGUAUUACUUGUCUUUAUCUGGCAUGUUCCUGAAUCUGCACGAUGGCUGAUGACCAAAGGACGCUUAGACGAGGCGAAAGACGUACUUCACAAAGCGUCUGUAGUAAAUAAAGUGGAACUACCGCGAGACGCGCUGAAUAAUUUAUUGAAAACGGAUAACGAUAACGGUGAAACACGGAGCAUUGAAAAAACCUCGAUAAUCGAUCUCCUAAGAUAUCCAAUCAUCAGAAAAAAGAGUCUGAUACUGUUUUUUGUCUGGUUUGUGAACAACGCUACGUAUUACGGCCUAUCUUGGAACACGGCCAAUCUUGACGGUAACGUUUACGUGACUUCCGGCAUUGCUGCUGCGGUGGAAGUACCCGCCUUCAUGAUAAUGAUAUCCACGAUCGACAAGUGUCCAAGAAGGGUUGUUUUGUGCUGUUGUAUGCUGCUCGCCGGUACCUCAUUGGUUUCAACGCUUCUCGUCCCCAACGACGUGUCAUGGCCGAUCAUAUCUUUGGCGAUGAUAGGGAAGCUAUCGAGCGCUGCCUCUUACACGACCCUCUACGUUUUUACGUCGGAACAGUAUCCCACCACGAUUAGAAAUGUCGGCGUUGGGGCUUGUUCGGCCGUUGCCAGGAUAGCAGGAGUGGUAACACCGCAGAUUAACAAUCUAUCUGAAAUUUCCGUCACCCUGCCACUUGUGAUCUUUGGAUGCGGUUCAUUGAUGGCUGGUCUGUUGCUACUACUUCUUCCGGAAACGGCGAAUAAAAAAUUACCGGAGACGAUAGAAGAGUUGGAGAAUUUUAAGAAAAGUGAGAGCGGAAAAUGGACGAUUCAAAAAUUUAAAAUUUGCAAAAGUUAAGAAGUGCUUAAUUUCACUAAGCU